CACUAACCCCUACUCAAACAUCAAAGCAUAAACAAGAACCCAGACGAACUACAGAAAUGGGAACAUACCGAUCCUCCCCCAUUGUGGCUCUCCUCUUCUUCCUCCUCGUAACUUUACCGUCGGCGUUGCCCUCUUCGAUCAUCCCCGAGAGGACGGACGAGGAAGUGAUGGCGCUCUACGACCAGUGGCGUGCCAAGCACGGGAAGUUGCACAACCACUUGGGACCAGAAACCCAGAAUCGAUUCCACAUCUUCAAGGACAAUCUCAAGUACAUCGAUGAAAUCAACGCCCAAAAUUUGCCCUAUCGAUUAGGUUUGAACGUGUUCGCAGAUCUCACGAACGAGGAGUACCGAUCCAAGUACUUGGGAGCUAAAAUUGCCGCUGGUUCAAGGCGAAACAAGACGAGCAGCCGCUAUCAGCCUCGCCUUGGGGAUGAAGUCCCGGACUCCAUCGAUUGGAGGGAGAAAGGAGCCGUCGCUCCCAUUAAAGAUCAGGGAAGUUGUGGGAGUUGCUGGGCGUUCUCAACUAUAGCUGCCGUGGAAGGCAUAAACCAGAUUGUUACAGGCGACUUGGUAGCACUCUCAGAACAGGAGCUGGUGGAUUGUGACAUUUCUUACAACGAAGGUUGCAAUGGUGGCUUAAUGGACUAUGCCUUCGAGUUCAUCAUCAACAAUGGCGGCAUUGAUACUGAAGAAGAUUAUCCUUAUAAAGGCUAUGAUAGCACCUGCAUCCAAUCUAAGAAAAAUGCUAGGGUCGUUUCAAUCGAUGAUUAUGAAGACGUCCCUGUAAACAAUGAAAAAGCACUGCAAAAAGCAGCAGCUAAACAGGUUGUGGCUGUUGCCAUUGAAGGGGGAGGUAGAAGUUUCCAGCUAUAUCGAUCGGGUAUAUUCACUGGAAGAUGUGGGACAGAUUUGGACCAUGGUGUUAAUGUGGUUGGAUAUGGGUCUGAAGGGGGCGUCGAUUACUGGAUUGUGAGAAACUCAUGGGGUGCGAGCUGGGGUGAAAGUGGCUACAUCAGGAUGCAACGUAACGUCGCUUCCCCAAAAGGUCUCUGUGGGAUUGCAAUGGAGCCUUCUUACCCCAUUAAAAACGGACUAAACCCACCUAAUCCAGGCCCGACUCCUCCAAGUCCGGUGGAACCCCCAACUCCGGUGAAACCCCCAACUGUCUGCGAUCAAUAUUACGACUGUCCCGCCGCAGAAACUUGCUGCUGCCUCUUCCAGUUUUCAAACACAUGCUUUGUAUGGGGAUGCUGCCCACUUGAAAGCGCCACCUGCUGUGAUGACCUUUACAGCUGCUGCCCCCAUGACUACCCCGUCUGUGACGUCCGUGCUGGAACCUGCUUGAAGAGCAAGAAUGAUGUUUUCGGAGUAAAGGCGAUGAGGCGCACUGCAGCUGUAGCCAAACCAUCGUGGGCACUUGGAGGAGGUGUGAGUGUUGGGAAGAGCAGUGCUUAAAAAGGUUGCCAGCUUUGGUGGGGGCUAAGGAUGAAAGACAGGCUUGUUACUGUUGAAUCAAUAACUCUCCAAGCCCUGUAUUUCUCAUAUUGUACGCCUCCUGGCUUCGCACCUUUUAAGCUCAAUGGUCGUUUAAGUUAGCACACGAUGACUGUAUAUAGGACGUAUAUGAACACUUGGAACAGAGACUAAUUGCUGUCAAGUUAUAUUAGCACUCUGUCUCUGUGUCAAAUCCUGAAUUCAGGCCAAUUGUGGCUGUCCCUUAAUUAUGAUCUGCUGUAUCAUUUCAUUGAA